AUGGAGUCCAAAUCAACCAAAUGUUUCCGUGGACGAUUCGAAAAAGUCUUUGCAAGAUUAAGAAAAGCAGUCGAAUACAUCGCUUAUCCCUUUGCCGACACACGCAAGAUCGAAAUUCGAACGUAUCAAUCGAGUAAGCGAAACAUAAUCAGCCGAAAUGGUGCACUUAGGGGUGCCAGUGCCAUUACUCAAGUCUUCCGACACCGUCACAGCAGCAUCAUGUUUACUCAACGGUUCCAAAAUUCAAUUCACAAACAAUUUUCAUGGUCAAGAGGGCAAUACUUGAUCAUCAAUCAGAAUGGCGACAUGAUCAUUCUUGUUGCAUCUUACACGACACUUGCUUUCUCAUCCUCACGCUACCCUUUCUUGGGAUCAAAGAACUCGUUCUUUGCUAUUCUCACUCCUCCUCACACUCAUCCUAUCUUUAUCGGCGAAAAUGAGCUAGACGAAUACGACGAUGAAGACGAUUCAGAAUUUGACAUUCAUGACAUGAUCUAUGGAGGAGAAUUUGGCGAAGAUCAAGGCGAUCGUAGAGCGCGUUCUCCUUCUAACGAGAAUUUUUCUGAUCGUGACGAAGAAAUGAUGGUAGGAGCCGGGCAUUACGAUAAUGACGAGGAAAGCGAAGGGGGAACAGAAAACUCUUAUUCGGAGGAAGAAGGCACUUAUGCGAGCAAUUCGGAUGAUGGAGCUUCAUAAGAUUUUGACGAAGGAUUCGACGAUGGAGACCCAGACGACUUCGAUGAAGAUGGAGCGGAUGAUCUCGAUCUUGAUUGAUUGAUUGAAGGCAUGCACACCUCAAAAAGCGCAAUUUGUAGGUCAGACUGUACCUAUAAUGUCUGUAUCUAGCACACAUCUGUAUCUUUGUAUUGUAUUUCUCAUACGGCUUGAUAACCACACAACUUCUGAAGAAAGGCCACCUUACUGACAUUUGUAUCACCAACAACAC